GGGUGCGCCCUCCCACCCCUUGGGCCGAGCGCUCGGGAGAGAGAAUCGCACCCGGAGCCCAGCGCAGCUCACGGCGCCGACCUCGGACUCGCCCCAAGCAUCCUUCCCGGGGGGCCGCGGAAAGUGGAUCUAGUCUGCGGUUCCGAGGACCUGGGAGGAGCACUUGGUACCCUAAGGGGCCGGAGCGCUGCGGGCGGGGGGGCGCACACCCUCUCCAGCCAGAUCCUGCAUUUCCUGAGGCGCCCUGCCCGCUCCUGGGGCGAGAUGGCCGCACGGGCGCCCGAGCCCCAGGUCCUCCUCUGCCUCGGGGCGCUGUUGGCCCGCUGGGUCGCCGCAGGUUUGGAGGCUGUCGUCAUCGGAGAAGUUCAUGAGAACAUUACUCUGCACUGUGGCAACAUCUCAGAAACGAGGGGCCUAGUGACCUGGUACCGGAAUGACUCGGAGCCAGUCUUCCUCCUGUCCUCAAACUCCAGCUUCCCGCCAGCCAAGCCACGCUUCUCUCUGGUGAAUGCUAGCUCCCUGCACAUUGAGCUACUGAGCCUGCAGGAUGAGGGCAACUACAGCUGCUGGGAGGCCCUGGACGAGACUCGGUGGUUCCAAGUGUGGCUGCAGGUGGCCAGUGGCCCCUACCAGGUCGAAGCCAACAUCUCCACCACCGGCGUGCUCCCCAAUGGCACCCUCUAUGCGACCAAAGGCUCCCAGGUGGACUUCAGCUGCACCAGCAGCUCCAGGCCUCCCCCCAUGAUUGAGUGGUGGUUCCAGGCCCCGGAUUCCAGGACCGAGCUCUUUGGAAACAACCUGACGGUCAGCAGCUUCAUGCUGCUGCUGAUGUCACAAAACCUCCAAGGGAACUACACCUGCUUGGCGAAGAACAUGCUCAGCGGGAGACAGCGAAAGGUGACCAACGAGCUCCUGGUCUACUCUCCCCCUUCAUCAGACCUUGAGUGCUGGGCAGAGAUGUCACCAAGACUGUUCAUGCUGCAGCUCACCUGUCGCUGGGACGGGGGCUACCCAGACCCUAACUUCCUGUGGACAGAAGAGCCAGGAGGUGUGGUCGUGGGGUCGUCAAAGUUGGGAGUGGAGAUGCUGAACCGGUCCCAGCUGUCAGAUGGCAAGACGUUCAAGUGUGUGGGGAGCCACAUAGUGGGGCCGCAGUCAGGAGCCAGCUGCGUAGUACAGAUCCGGAGCCCCUUCCUUCUCUCUGAGCCCAUGAAGACUUGCUUCGUGGGGGGCAAUGUGACACUCACCUGCCAGGUGUCAGGAGCCUACCCCUCUGCCAAGAUCCUGUGGCUGAGGAACCUCACCCAGCCGGAGGUGGUCAUCCAGCCCAACAACCACUAUGUCAUCACCCAGAAUGACCAGACCUCCACCCUGACCAUCCAGAACUGCUCUCAGGACCUGGAUGAGGGCUACUACGUCUGCCGGGCCGAGAACCCCGUGGGGGUGAGGGAAGUGGACAUCUGGCUGAGCGUGAAAGAACCUUUAAACAUCGUGGGAAUUGUGGGAACCGUCGUGAGCCUCCUUCUGCUGGGACUGGCCAUCAUCUCUGGGCUUAUGUUAUAUUACAGCCCUGUCUUCUGCUGGAAAUUAGGAAACACUAUCAGGGGACAGGACAUGGGUGAUGUCAUAGUUUUGGUGGAUGAUGAAGAGGAGGAAGAGGUGGCAGAGGAGGAAGAGGAGCCGGAGGAAGAAGAGGAAGCCAGUGAAGGCGAGGAGUGGCCAAAAGAAAUACACAAGCACGGCCACAUCCACAGGGUGACUGCGCUGGUGAACGGGAACGUAGACUGGAUGGCCAGCGGGCUCCAGGCUCUGCAGGAUGACAGCAGUGAGCAGCCGAGUGACAUCGUUCAAGAAGCAGACAGGCCAGUUUGAAAAGGAGGGCUGUCCGUGAUCCUGUCUGAAGAGCUUGGGAAGCUACAUCCAGGAUGAGCUUUUCAUUUCGCUUUGACUUGACUUGACUUGCACCCCUGCCGGGAGGGCUUAACACGGUUUGGGGCUGUCAGCAAACACACACGCGCACGCGCGCGCACACACACACACACACACACUUCCAUUUUUUUAAAAUAUUGGUUUUAUUUGCUGUAACUCUUCUUGAUGAUGUUAAAAGGCUUUGGGAACAGGCAGUGUGUGGGGGAAGAGCUGCCUUUGGCAUCUGAGGUGCCCUUUUCGCUGUGACUCCUGGCUUUACCCAGGUUGACUGAUGCUGAUUUUGGGGGGAGCAGAAGUGGGUGGAGGCACUUGGCCUCAGUGCCCUUUGCCACUGUUAAAGGUCUGUAACCAACUUACCUCAGCACACAAGGGUCUAGUGCGGGGUGAUAGGGACACUUCCUAUCACUGCCCAGGUGAGCCAAGGAACCAGGUAAAUGUCAGCUCACUGGAAAAGGUGGGGUGUCAGCUACUGAUGCUACCCAGAGGGAGGCAGUGUGGUUCAGGUGUUUGGAGUCAGAAACACCCAGGCUUGAUUCUGGGCCCUGCUACUGACUUGUUUCAUGGGCUUGGGCAGGUUGCUUUACCUCUCCCCUGGGCCUCAAUUUUCUCAUCUAUAAAAUAGGUGAAAUCACACCUACCUUACAGGGGUAUGGUGAGGACUUUGGGAUGGGAAAGGGCCUAGGAGGUGCUCAAGAGAAGUUCAUUACCUUCUCCUUUGCCUUCCCUAGUGGAAGAAAAACAGCUGUAAGUUGCCAGCUGCUGCCUGGACCCUUCUUUGUAGAAUGGUUUCAGACGAGGGCAUUAUCAGAGCUCUCCUGACGAUUUUUUGCUUCCCUGGAAAUGUAAUUCUUUUCGAAAGAGGUAGGGGCCCAUAAGAGAAAGUGCCUUUCAUUAAAACCUCACAUUUUGCAAAGCUUCGUAUUUAUACAAAAGCCUCUUACAUAAUACACUAUUAGCUUUCAGCCUUUCCCAUUCUUUCUCCUGUGACUUUGAGAGAAGGCAGGAGAAAUGUUUUGUAAGGGAGUAUCUGGUGAGAAGUACUCCUUGGGCAUACCAGUUCACCUGGCCUCGGUUUCCCCAUCUCUGAAAUGGGAAUGGGAAAACUUGUUUCCUUCCUCUCUUUAAGGAUGUUAUGAAGAUACACUGAUCAAUGAUGCUAAGUUUCAAAUGAAAAUAACGUGAUGAGUUUAAGCUGCUAAUGCUUCCAGUAGAAACUGUACAGUUUAGAGAUAUUUCCCCCCUGAUUUUAUUCAAAUCUCUUAAAUGUCAGGGGCCUUAUAAAGGUGCAAAGGGUAUGUGCUAAGCCUAAAAAUCUGACUUGAAUUUGCAUUCUUUAAUGUUGCACAUUCUGCUCUGCUGGGCAAGACCUAGAGCUUAAAGGGGAACUUCCCUUCUUCAAGUAACAGGGACUGGGACUCCUAGGAUGAGGCACUGGGUUAUCUGCAGGGUUGCCCUGCAGGUGUCCUUGGGCUUGGUCUGUUUGUUUGAUUCAAGGGGCUAAACUGAGCAAGUCACUAGAAGUGAGUCCCAUCCCCAGCUCAGAACACUGGGGAGCUCAGGCGCGGGCUGCAAAUCUGUACCCCUCAGGAACAGCUGUGAACUGCACUGUCGUUGUUGGGCUGGGUCUUUUGCCGCGUGGUACCUCGUGUAUGUAACCACUCUAACCAGUCUAAGUUAGCGUCAUCUACAGAACAGGCUACUCAGACAGGUUGCUUUUCCUUUAGAAUCUCCGAUGAAUUCCAUUCCUGAAUCUGAGUGUCUACUAUGCAGAGGCAACAAUAUUUUUUACAAAGAAACUGUAGGAAGAAAUUCCCUAGCUGGGAAGACAGGAUGAUUCAAGAUCACUGAGGUGUUCCUGCAAUUUCCUCUUCUCUUGCACAUACCCGAUAGGUAGGAAAUCUUUGAGGCAGAGUUUUUCCACUAGCAAAUGGGAGCUUCAAGGUCUUGGUGCCAAACACUAUAAACCCUUGACUAGUUGAGCUGUGACCACUGUCACUUAUGUCUCAGCACUGUGUACACAUUAAUAUGAUGGGGUCAGUUAAGACCCCAGGUACCGGGGGAGGGGGGGUUCAAGUUUUAAGGAUUUUUAAAGAAUUAGGGCUUUUUUUUCUUUUAAGAUGACCCAUCCCCAAAUCCACAAGGCUGUUGACAAUGGGUUACAGACUGUGUGGCAAAGUCCAGGUUGUUACAUUAUGCUUUACAUACAUUCUUAUCUGAAUGUAUUGUGAACUCACAGGCCAGAUCUCCUUAUCAGAACCAGGAAGAUAAAUAUUUCAGGGCUUUCACAACCGACACUUCCUUUUUUCUCAAAACCUGGUGGACACUGGGGAAAGGGCUCCCGCAAUUUUGUAGCUUUGAUAUUAGCUCCAAUUCUCACAAGCACAUACGGGCCCUAUUACUGCAGCAGGAAAACACAUGAUGGAAAAUUUCCAUAACCCAUGCACUGAAACCUGGAAAAUCCUCCUUGCUGGUUAAAAGUUACGAUGAUGCAAUAAGUGCCAACUGGUAUUUCUCACCAUGGGGCUGGCCAGGACCUGCUGCAAAGAGAAACAAGCAGAUCCUCUGCAUUAUUUACGUUGUAAUAUUUGAUGUGAGAGGUGGGUUUGGAGAAAUUCAUUCUGAGGUUACAAUGGAUUUUUUUUUUUAAAGAAAAAAGAUUAUGGAAUAAAGUUAUUUUUAAAUAAAAGCUUUAAUGUGUUUGAUUGAGACCUGACUAGUUAAACAGAAAGAUCUGGGGAAAUACCGGUUUACCUCCCCCAACUUUUUACCCGCUUUCCCACUAUUGGUAACAAUACUGUCCUCGCUGCCACAUUCUUUCCCACGGCCUGUAGAUACUACCCACCCUCAGAGCUGCCGAGACGCCUGCAC